AUGCGGUUCAGUGAGGUAGUAGACAGUGUUCAAAAAGGUCCUGACGCAAGGAGUAUCCAGAAUUUGCUGGAAUACUCCUCAGCCGUGCGAAAGAUCCUUGGAACAGCAAGCAUUCAACGUAAUGUGAGAGCUGAGCGGAAACAGUUCCAAAAUGUUGUUAGUUUCCAGGAAAAACCAAUGUCGACCGGUCUCCCCCGAGACCAUUUUUCUUCUUUGCAGGUGAAGAAAUGUAAUGGCGGAGAGUACGGAUGCCAGACUAGAAUGAUUGUGGUACCACCAAGCCAAUGUAUCGAUGAAGUAAAGCAUCUUGCAGAGCGAAGACAACUCUCGGGAUUUACCGUAACAACACGAUUAUGCCCCGUACCAGAAGGCGUGCAAAACGAAGAACAAUGCAAGAUUACAAAGCGCAAGCAAGCUGCCAGCAUUGGAUUAGAAUGGGCCCGCUCCGUGCUCGGCCUUUCAUCCAGCCAACUUCACACCAUGAGAUCAAUUGAGAAUCUCAGCGGCCGUUAUCUACCUAAAUCCACUUUAUUGCUUGUUGCAAUCAUCAACCUAAUUUGCUAUCCUGAAGUCGAUAAGCAGAUUCCUUGCGCAAGCUCUGAUACCAUGCGCUUGCAUUUCGAGGCGCGCUUGGAAGCAAACAUGCAGGAUGGCCAAUAUCCCAUACGAAGCAUUUCAAACUGCAUGGCUGCGAUGUAA